AGGCAGAGCGUCUAUGCCUCAGGACGAACAGACGCUUAGGAUGGAUACCCCACCCCCUGAUGAGCCCCUAGGAAAACAAAAUGAAAACCUACAAAACCAGGACGAGGAACUGGGGUUUAAGGAAAUGGAUGGUCUGAGAGAAGCUUUGGCCAACCUUAGGGGACUGUCUGAGGAAGAGAAGGGUGAGAAGGCAAUGCUCCGCUCCCGCAUUCAAGAGCAAUCCCAGCUAAUCUGCAUCCUGAAACGCAGAUCAGAUGAGGCUCUGGAACGCUGCCAGAUCCUGGAACUGCUCAACACCGAGCUGGAGGAGAAGAGGAUGCAGGAGAUGGAGAAGAUGAAGGCCCAGAGUGAUCAUGUUCAAAAGCUGGAGGGUCGCUUUAUGACCCUGGCAGCCAACCAUGAGCUGAUGAUCCGCUUCAAGGACGAGCACAAGAAUGAAAACCUCAAGCUGAAGGAGGAGAAUGAGAAGCUGAAGCAGGAGAAUAGCAACCUCUUCAGUCAGGCUCUGAAAGACCAGGAGGCCAAGAUACUGCAGCUCACUGCACACAACAAGGCCCUGGCGGAGGAACUGGAGGUCUUGAAACAGAGGUGUGUACAUGAUGCCAGCCAGGCUCAGGCCCGAGAGAAGGAGCUGCUGGCUCUGCAGAGCCAGCAGGCCUGUGCCCAUGCCAAGGAGACUGAGCAGCUGCUCAGCCAACUGCAGAGCCUCAAGCAGCUACACCGGCAGGCCACCGACCAGAUGGUGAAGGACCAGGAGGCACAUAGCAGCCUAAGCCAGGACCUACAGGCCAGGCUGCAGACUGUUACACGUGAGAAAGAGGAGCUGCUGCAGCUGUCCAUGGAGAGGGGCAAGGUGCUCCAGAACAAACAGGCAGAGAUCCGCCAGCUUGAGGAGAAGUUGGAGACAGCAGCCAUGGCCAAGAAGCAUGCCCUGGAACGCUUCGAGCAAGAGGCAGUAGCCGUUGAUAGCAACUUGAGAGUACGCGAGCUUCAGCGUAGGGUAGAUGGGAUCCAAAAGGCUUAUGAUGAGCUGCGUCUUCAAUCGGAAGCCUUCAAAAAGCACAGCCUGGAUCUUUUAAGCAAGGAGAGAGAACUUAAUGCCAAACUCCGCCAUCUCUUUCCAUAAGGGAAAUUCUGCUUCCUGUUGCCUCCCUUUAAUACUUCAGAUAUCUGUGCCUUAGCUUUAUGGCAAAAGCAAAGAUAAUUCAUUUACUAUGCUUUUAA